GGCGUGUUGGUUUGAUUGGCACUGUGUUCUCGGUAGUCCGCUGCGGGACCAGAACAGACAGCUGAAGGGGGGGUGGGUCUGAACCGGGACGGUCCGUGGACAACGGCGAGCUCACGCGCACGACUUUCAGGUCUUCACAGUGGACCAAUGAGCAGCCAGUAGGCAGUAGGGUUGGACCCAGAAAGUCAGCAGUUCAGAGCCUGAAAAGCAGGUUUGGAGGACAGAAGACAGUUGCUGCUGCGGGUGGUUCGCCUUAGCAUACUUGCGGCAGCGGCAGGAACAAGAAGGUGGAGGGCUUGGCAAUGGUCACAGCUGUGGAGGAUCCCAGUCAGGAUGGGGGACAAGAGGAGGUGAAGCCGCCGGGACAAGCAGGCAUGGAGGGCCCCCCGGCUGUUCCGCUCAGUCAGGGAGGAGAAACGUCUGGAGCCAUGCAGCAGGUGCUGGAGAAUGCAGGCGAGCCGCCCACCUCCACAGGUGCCAAAGACAUCGACCUGCUCUUCCUGCGCGGCAUCAUGGAAAGUCCAAUUGCUCAAGAGCAGCAGGAGGAAGUGAAGCUAGAAGCUGUGCAGGACAACAACGUGGAGCUGGUGACGGAGAUCCUAGGUGACAUCAGCACACUGAAGGUGAAAGAUGACAGUGCUGCUGAACUCUCCAGAAUCCUCCAGGAGCCACAUUUUCAGUCUCUUUUAGAGGCUCAUGACAUGGUAGCAUCAAAAUGCUACGAAGUCCCUCCCCCGGCAGAGGCGACCAACGACGCAGCGGUGAACAACGCUCUCAUGCAAGCCGACGCCGUGCGCAUGAUCGGCAUCCGAAAGAAGGCCGGUGAGCCGCUGGGCGUGACGUUUCGGGUGGAGAAGGAUGACCUGGUCAUCGCCAGGAUCCUCCACGGGGGCAUGAUCGACCGGCAGGGUCUGCUGCACGUAGGCGACAUCAUUAAGGAGGUGAACGGGAAAGACGUGGGCAACAACCCCACUGAGCUGCAGGAGAUGCUGAAAGACUGCAGUGGAGGGAUCACGCUGAAGAUCCUCCCGAGCUACAGGGACGCUCCUGCUCCUCCUCAGGUGUACGUGCGGCCAUACUUUAACUACGACCCAGCCAGUGACAACCUAAUCCCGUGUCGAGAGGCAGGAAUGGCCUUCAGGAAGGGCGACAUCCUUCAAAUUGUCAACCGAGAGGACCUCAACUGGUGGCAGGCAUGCCAUGUAGUGGGUGGAGCCACAGGACUCAUUCCCAGCCAAUUUCUGGAGGAGAAGAGGAAAGCUUUUGUUCCCAGAGACUUUGAUGGGUCAGGAAUACUUUGUGGAACCUUGGCAGCAAAGAAGAAGAAGAAGAUGAUGUAUUUAACAGCUAAGAAUGCAGAGUUCGACAGACACGAGUUACAGAUUUACGAGGAAGUGGCCAAGGUUCCGGCUUUCCAAAGGAAGACUCUGGUUCUGAUUGGAGCUCAGGGAGUGGGCCGACGCAGCCUGAAAAACCGACUGAUGGUCCUCCAACCCACAUGCUUUGGCACCACUGUUCCAUACACUUCACGGAGACCCCGCGAUGAAGAGCUAAACGGGAACUCCUACAACUUCACCUCAAGGACGGAGAUGGAGGCGGACGUGAAGGCUGGUCGCUUCCUGGAACACGGAGAGUACGACGGCAACUUAUACGGCACGAAGAUCGACUCCAUCCAUGAGGUGGUGUCCACGGGACGCACCUGCAUUUUGGACGUCAACCCACAGGCGCUGAAGGUGCUGAAGACAGCAGAGUUCAUGCCCUACGUGGUGUUCAUCGCGGCGCCCGACUUUGACACGCUGAAGGGCAUGCACAAAGCCGUGGUGGACGCCGGCCUCACGACCAAACAGCUCACCGACGUGGACCUGAGGAAGACCGUGGAUGAGAGCGCUCGGAUCCAGAGGGCGUACAGCCACUACUUCGACCUGACCAUCGUCAACGACAACCUGGACAAGGCCUUUGAGACGUUACAGGCUGCUGUGGACAAACUGUGCACGGAAGCCCAGUGGGUCCCGGUGAACUGGGUGUACUGAGGACCGUUAACCGCCACGAAGAGGACAAGAGGGGGCAGGUCAAACAGCAUCGUCAAUGAGGCUCUCUCUCCUCCCAGGCCAGCUCACUGUGCAGCUCCUUUUCUACACAAAACUCAAAGGGAAAGAGUGCUUAUUUAUUUUAUAACGUUUUUAUUAAAAAAAUCUAUUUGAUGUGGGAAUUCUGUAGGAUGAAACUAAAGUGUUCUGUGUCUGGGUCAGAUUGUUGUGGACUAAUUUAUUGUAGUUUCACACCUUUUUACCGUUUUGUAGUUUAGUUCUUUAGAAAACCCUCCUUACACAGGAUUCAGCUCCAGACGUCUCAUCGAGCAGAAACCGUCACACACCAGCUCCACGUCUGGACCGCCAUCCUGCUGAGCUUUUCUGUCUUAAGCAGCUGGCCCUGAUUUGGUCUUCCACUGUGCACAAAUGCCCACGCGAAGAAGAGAAUCGUUGUGUUGUCAAAGUGACUCCUAGUGUGUAGCGUUUUAAUCACACGGCUUUGUGGUCAUUGCUCCAUUUUUAACCGUUUUGUUCUGGUGAGAUUUUAACGGCAAAGCCCUCGCCGUCACCAAACCCCAACAGCCAACGCUUUAAACGCACUGAUCAGAUUUUAUCUAAGAAAGCCAAACUAUCAAUCUGUAGCAUUUCUCUUCUUCCUCGGCUGUUCUCGGACUCGUUUUACACCUCAGGAGGACAGAAUUUGCCUCACGAGAACAUUUCUGCAUCCUGAGGUCAGUCUUUUCCAAAGGUUCCUUCAUCCAUCUCAUGUGUUUUUACCUUUUGUUAGUAAAGAUAUAAUUAAUAAACCUGAUUAAAGCUCACAAA